GUAGUCAUGGCUUGUGUUGCAUUAACUUCUUUGAUGCGAACAUUAGAGCUUGAGUUCUUGCAAUCAAAUCCACGUCUGAUUCUAAAAGACAAAGAACAUAUCGAGUCUCUCUGCCAAAAGCUUGGCUGUUUGCAAACCUUGGUUGACGAAUCUGAGAAGAAAGCCCACAAUUGUGAGAAGCUGAAGGAUCUGAUUGCAAAAAUUGGAGGAGUAGCUCUGGAAGCAGAAUAUGAGAUUGAAGCAGCGCUAGUAGAGAUUCUUCGUCAUCAUCAGACGCUGGAUCAAACCUUGAGGCGCGUACUGCAUGAAGCUGAACAGCUGAUGGAGAUGAUUCACCUUGAUAAAGAUUUGCAAACUCAUCAUCAACAUCCGGAGGAGAGUCUAUCAUCCUCCCAACAUACUUCAACAUUUCAGAAUGCCCCCCACCUUGCUAAAGACUUGCAAACUCAUCAACAUCUGGAGAAGAGUUCAUUGCCUGGUGGUCAAUCAUCCUCCCAACUACAUACUUCAAAAUUUGAAGACACCAUGGUAGGACAAGCCAAAGAAUUCGAGGACUUUAAGGGAAAGCUCCUUCAGGGCUCGGAUGAAGAACGACAAGUUAUGGCCGUUGUUGGCAUGGGUGGUAUCGGGAAGACAACUUUUGCUAGAAGAGUUUAUGAUGAUUCUAUGGUUAAGUCUCAUUUCGACCAUCGUGGUUGGGCAACCGUGUCUCAUGAGUACAAUUACAGGCAAGUGCUCCUUGAACUUUGCCAUUCCGUCAUGCUAGCAAUCCCCAAUGACAUUAAUACUAAGAAAGAUGAUGAGCUAGCAGAUCAACUGCAAAAGAGUUUAAAGGGAUGCAGAUAUCUCAUUAUUUUGGAUGACAUAUGGACCCCUGGAGCAUGGGAUGAAGUCCAAAGAUGUUUUCCAGCUGAAACCACUAGGGGGAGUCGAAUAUUAUUGACUACCAGAGAGAAAGUGGUAGCUGAGUCUGCUUGUUCAAGUAAGUUAGUUUAUGACAUGCGAUUCUUACAUCUCCAUGAAAGUUGGAAUUUAUUUUGUCAAAAGCUUUUGGUAAAAGGAUGUUUGAACAAAGAAUUAGAAACAAUUGGGAUGAAUAUUGUUCAGAAAUGUCAUGGAUUACCAAUUACGGUUGUGGUUCUAGCAGGACAUCUAUCCACCAAUAUGGAAGUAGAUGAGUGGAAGAGUGUUGAAUCAAUGUUAAACUCAUCGGUGAAUUUAGAUCUCUCUGAGCAAUUUUCCAGAACACUAAGUUUGAGUUACAAUAACUUGCCUGGCCAUUUGAAGAGCUGUUUUCUAUAUUUAGGAGCUUUUCCUAAAGAUAGGAAGAUUGAAAUUAAAAAAGUGAUUAGGUUAUGGAUUGCUGAGGGAUUCAUAAAAGAAGAAGAGAGUGAAAAGACGUUAGAAGAAUUAGGUGAAGAUUAUUUGCAUGAUCUAAUCAAUAGAAGCCUGAUUAUGAUAAGUGGGCGAAGCAGUAGUAAAGGAAAAGUUAAAACAUGUAAGAUGCAUGACCUAUUACAUGACCUGUGUGCAAGCAAGGCUAAAACACAGAAACUUCCGUGCCCUGGAAACUUCAACACUGAAGUUUUUGUUAGUAUUGACAGUCGUUUGUUAUGUCUUAGAAUGGUGUCAUCAAGUUCUAGUUUACAUGUUGGUAUUAACAAAUGCCGUUCCAUUUUGUGUUUUGAUAUGUAUACAUUUCCGGCUCGUAAUUGGUGGUUGGAGUUAACAUCUUUUAAGAUGUUAAGAGUGCUGGACUUAAGUGUAAUUGGGCACAGUACGAUACCUUGUGAUAUUGUGGAUGUAGUUCUUUUGAGAUACUUAGCUUUACCCUCAAAUAAGCUUCUUACAUGUAUACCAGUUGCGAAAAAUCGAAAUCUGCAAACACUUGUUGUUUGUGAAGAUAUCAAGGGUACCGAAGAGCUACCUCAUGGAAUAUGGGACUUGCCACAACUAAGGUACCUUGAGUUCCACCAUCAGCUUUCAAUAUACAAGCCAGAAGUGGUUCAAGUAAAUUUACAAACAAUGUAUUGGGUGCAUAGCAUUCAGUGCACGGAGCAAGUGUUUUUGAGGAUUCCAAAUGUUAAAGAGUUGGGAAUAAUUGCUCGAGGGAUCGGAUACGAGUGUUGUUUAGAUAAUCUAAACUGUUUGGAUAAGCUGGAGAAGCUAAAAGUUCAGGGCGCCUAUUCUCCUAUAGAAUUGCGGCCAGAUAAGGCUUUUCCACAAAACCUCAAGAAGAUUACCUUCUCAAAUACACUUAUGCCGUGGAGAGCAAUGAACAUCAUCGGUAUGUUGCCCAAGCUUGAGGUGUUAAAACUUAAGAAUCAUGGUUGCCUGGGAAAAGAGUGGGAGCUAAAUGAAAAGGAUGGCUUCAGCGGAUUAAAGUUUUUGCUAAUUUCUGAAUCGAAUUUGAAACAUUGGGAGACUAGCGAUGAUGUUGAGAAACCUUUCCCAGUCAUUGAGGGCCUAGUCUUGAAAAAUUGCUUUGAGUUGAAAGAGAUGCCAAGUUGGAUUGCACAAUGUAUGAAUCUGAAAACAAUUCAGAUUGAGCAUUGCAAUGCUUCCCUCGGGCGUUCUGCAAGAACGAUUGAAGAAGAUCGGCGUGAAAUUGGAGAUGAGUCAUUGGAGAUUUUUGAAUUCCCAACUCAAUCAGACGAAGAUCAGAAGAAUCGUGAGAGGGAAUUAGAGAUUGAAGAAGAUGAGAUGAAUAGUGAAGCGCAGAGUGUUUGGAUAGGAGCAAGAAGCCUCUGUAUCGCGUGGGUGGAGAAUCCUGCCUAUUGGACUUGGAUUACCAACUCCGGACAUGAUGUUGUAAAACUUGAGGCUGUAUGCUGGCUCGACAUCAAAGGAACAUUGGACACAAAAUGCCUACACAUAAUGACUAUUUACUCUGCAUACCUUGUUUACAAGCUUGAAUUGUGGGAACAAGGCUUUGAAGAUUCAGCAUUUGCAUCAGUAAGAUAUCUCAAGGACAGAAAAAAUUAUCAUAAGAACCAACGUUGUCAGGUGGUUUUAGCAAAAUCUUGCUCUUCUAGGUGGCGUUCUAGCAGAUUUCCAAAUUGUCGUUGUGAUGGGUGGAUGGAGAUUAAGCUGGGAGACUUUUUAGUUAGCUCAGGAAAUGAAGGUGAAGUUGAAAUGCGGUUUUGGAAUACUGAAAACAUGGGUUGGAAGAGUGGUCUCAUUGUUAGAGGUAUUGAGGUUAGACCAAAAAUGAAGGUGGGGUGAAAAUGCGGCUCGGCCCUGGUCAUGUGCGGUGCAAUAGCCACAACUUUUGAGGCUCAAUUUCUUAAAAAGUAUUUUAUUAUUUUUAUAUUUGAUAAUUAUUUGUUUCAAAUUC